UGAAGACAUCAAUCUCACUCGAUAGACAACAGGAUCGAUGAGAAUGAUAGUCUGAACGUUUUGCUGUAGGAUCUUUAGUUCUGCAGUCCAGUUUCCGCCAUGAUUGCUGUCAAAAUUUUGAUGGUGGCAGGCCUUCUUGUCAUAAGUCCAGAUUUGUGCCAGCCCAUGAAACCUCAUACUUCAGUUGAAACCGGAACGAGAUAUCCAAGUCCACCUCCAAGUCCAGACCAACACACCCAUAGACGCUCGUCAUCUCCUCAAAAUCAACUUCCUUCAUCAUCUCUAACAGGAGAGGGAACGAAUCAUAUAACAUCGAAAGGAUCACACGUGGUGCAUACGGAUAAUCACAACCUGCAUAAAGUGUCAUCUGUGAGGACACGCAGGGUAGACAGUGAUUACUGGACGAAAUCUCACCCGUCCAAGCCAGAAACGCAACGAAUGCAAAGCUAUGGGGAAAGUGAGCCUUUACUGGGAGAGGGAUCGUCAUCAUCUUAUACGCAUACGACAGGGAGCAUAGAAACACCCUCGCACCACAGAAAAGUCUCACUCCAAAGGAGUCACGCAAUGACGGAACAUGAAAUAAGUCACGCAAUGCCGAAACCUGAAAUAAAGUCUGGUCUCAAAUCACCAAGAAAGGGAAGUGUCUCUCCGGAAAAAAGACCUUUAUUGUCAACUGGGAAGACAGCAAUUACAACAGGAGGAAAACCUCCGAUACACUCGUCGACCUCAACAACAACAGGAAUCAGAGCGGAACAAAAACAAAAAAUAAGCAAAGCAGAAGGCUACGAACGACUGGACAAAGGGAAGAGUCCAACAUUUACUCCACGGGACCCGAUUGUCUUCGGAGUUUUUACAGGAAAAGAUGGCCAUCGUAUCACGCGCGAAGAGUGCGGAGCAAAAUGCAAGGCCCACUUUGGCGAGAUGUAUUUGCCGGAUCAUAACCGUGUUCCAUUCGCUCUUCCUUUCACUAUAACGGACGAGAAAACGAAUGCAGUACGUUGUAACUGUACAAUGAAUGCCGAGCAAAUACGGGAUUUGCUUCGGCAAACAGAACUAGGUAGAAAUUAUUAUAACUUCCAGAAUUUAGCGAGGCAGUCAUUCUGUCACGCCAGGGUCUGGCUGUAUACGAGAGACUUCCAAAGGUUAACUGUGGAUAUCCCGUAUGAGCUGGAAUCGAAGAAGCUGAAAUCUCCAAAGGAAAGAGCCAAAUUUUCUAGAUUAGAAUCAAUAUCAGGUCAAGCUCACGUGUCUCCAGAUUAUUUUCAACGGAAAUUGCAAGAAGACGAGGAACGAGCUCGGUUAGAGAGGUUGGAAAAAAAAAAAAAGAAAAAAGCGGAGGCAUCUUCGAAGGAUCGAUCUAAGAAAGGUAAAGAAGUUGCUGAGAUCUCGCUGGAAGAAGAGGAGCAAUGGGAAGCUCUGGUAGAAAGAAAUAAAAACAAAAAAAAGGAAGGAGCUUCGGAGGAUCCUGCUGAAAAAGGUAAAGAUGUUGCUCAGGUCAACCCAGAGGAAGAAAAAAUUAUCGUCGGAGCAUUUCCGAGGUCUAAGG